AAAAUAUCUAACGUUAGACGUUUUCCAAGAAGUUGCAUCGCCGUUAUCUACGGAUCCUCUCCGCCACCAUGUGUUCCUCGACAAGGACUACGACACCUCCUCAGCCAAUGAGAUUUAAUGCCCGUUUCCUUCCCUUAAACAAUGGUGGCAUUUUGGAGAAAAGUCCUGUUAUGACUUGGCACCGAACCGACCUGGCGUCACAAAAUGUUUGCUCGGAGAGAGGAACAGUGCAUUUGCGUGUCGAAAAGCUGUGGAAAGACGGGGAUAAAAGUCGGUCUAUUUUCUGGGAUCGCCGGGAAGCUACUCUUGCAACGGGACCGUCUCGACCAGGAAGGGCAUCCAAACAACUGGAAAAGGUGGAAGAAAGACGGAAAUUCCAGCUUGCAUAGUGGUGGUCAAAGCAAGACGACCCAACGUCGCUUGUUAUGACAUCGCUCUGGCAUCCCGUCGCCUUAAGACUGUUAUCGAUGCUCGACGCAUACCGCCAAUAUAACAGGACAGGUAGUGCUCGUGACGUUUCCAAAAUUAUGGCUGCACAUCAAGGCUAUAAUUCCAAAUGUUGUACAGCCACCCUGCAUUGGUCAACGUACCACUCAUGCUCGACUCACAGUUGGCCCUUCCCAACGUUGAAUCUGACUCAACUCUGCUCCUCGAACUCACGAUGUACUCUUUCUCCCACUGACGGGUACUCUCCGUCCACGUCGACAGUUAUUCUGACUGGCGGCAGCACACUCUUCUUCGAUAUUUCCUUUUCCCCCAACUUUGAACACGUCUUUAUCAUCCGUUACUCCGAUGUUUCAUCGUGCAACGAGCUUUGCGGAGGAGCAUCCUCACAGAAGGAUCAUCGAAGCUCUCGAGCAUAUUUUGCACCAUUCGUCCGUCCUUCAUCUCCUACCAUCGCCACAGGCCAUCACCACGCUGCAUCUAGAGCGUUUCCAAAAAUGUCCCAUAGAAUACGAGAGCUUCCGAUGGCUAUAUCAAGAUUGCCGUCGUUGGCGAACCUACUAUUGAUUUGUGGCAACUUCGUCGAUGGUCCGAGAUUUGGAUGUUCCUAGCCUCUGAACAUUGAGAUAUGGCUUCUUUCGGACGUAUUCUCUCUUCUCGUUUUCUGGAUCUAUUUGCUCCGAUGAGAAGACUGAAUGUCCGCCCGUCCCUUCUCCCGAGAUACCGCCAGCCGACAAUACAACUCGUGAAUCUGAAUGAAAAAAAUGAAAAAUCGGAGACCGGG